AUGGACCCACAUGCACAGAGGGAGAAGGUAUCGCCCUAUGCCCUCCAGGGGACUUUGGGACAUGUCAUAGGCGAGACCUCUGCAACUGGCAUCAACCCUGGCUCUACUACGCCGACUAACGCCCCUAGUGGAGUCCGAUCACUUCUGCUCCGACAGGACGAAUGGACAUCUGGUGUUAUGUUCGAUGGCGAUACUGGUAUUUCUCGAAUGGAUUGA